AUGUCGGGUUUCUUUUCAGGAUUGUGGGCCAAGCCGGCUGUAGAGGAGAAGCCUGCUGCAAGCGUUGUCGCCCCAAGCGAGACUACGAAGCCAAAACCAUGUUGCGUGUGCAAAGAGGAAAAAGCCUCAAGAGAUGAUUGCAUGCUCUUCUCCAAGUCCAACGACCCUGCCGCAGAUGAAUGCUUAUCAUACGUACAAAAAUACAAGGACUGUAUGGCUGGAUUCGGAUUCAAGGUCUAA